AUGGUGGAAUCCACCGCGAGUUUGCUUCUCCUUUUGGUGAUCGAGUAUCUUCUGCAUGAAAUAGCCGGCCAGCAGUGUAGUACGAUUGGCAUCAAUGGAAUAGCUGGCUGCCAGUGCAAUCUAAUGGAGGCCUGUGACGAAGAUGGAAAACCAAAGUCCACCUGGGCUCAAUACUUGCCAACCGGUGUAGAUCAGUUCGGGCUUGUCGAUGGAGGACACCAAAACUUGGCGUAUCUCUGUGAAGUUGGUGCAGUUGCAAUCCUCUAUGACUGCAACAACCGAAUUCCUCUCUUCGCGGCCACGGUAAUUACAGGCACCCAAUUAUUAGGACGUGACUUCGGACGUCGACCACCCGCUAAUUUUAGAAGAAGCAGUCUAAAAUGGCUCUCUCUAAAAUUUCAGCAAGUAGGUAAAGAUUAUCUUCGAGCAAUAAACCGAGAGCUUUGCUAUGUAAUGAGGAGAGGAGACAGGUACCUCGUUGACAAAGACUGGGUUAUUUCAAGUGGACACAAAAGCCGUUUCCGUACUCAAGACUGUCCUGGAGGAUCGUUGGUCAAAACAAUAAUACACCGCGGGCACUUGAUUGCCUCACAGUACGGCCGUAAAAAUCCAAAAAAGAAAGCAGCAACUUUUACUUACACCAAUGCUGUCCCUCAGUUUGGAUUGUUUAACUCCCAUCCUUGGCAAGUCUGUGAGGGACGCUUGCUAAUGUGGGGAACUCAGAAUUGUGCGAAAGUAAAAGGAGCAACGCAAGUUCAAUUAUUCAUCGUGGUUGGCGCCAUGCCAUCGACAGUAUUUAGUCCACUUAAACAUCGAUAUUUUGGCAAAAAGGAUUCAGCGACUACAUGGACAAUGUUUACCGGGUGA